GUCCGGGGCCCGGCACGAGCGGACGUGGCCCAUCGGUCGUGAUCCUGUCUGCGCUGACUAGCGCUGUGCUCUGCUGACUGUCCUCCCGGCCGGCCUGUUUCAGUCGGAGCUCUGUGACGGGACCCAGGCGGCUCACUGAAGGAGGACGGCUGGCUCGGCGACACCACGGCAAUAAUGGGGAGCCGGCUAUCGUCACGCCGCUCUGGGGGCCCGGCCCGGCCGACAGAGCCCGGCUCCAGCUCGCCGGGUGACAUGGCGUGUGACCCGGUCAGCGGCUGGGAGGAGAGCUGCAAGAAGCACGGUUACCGACCCAGCGGGCCGCGACAGGACACAAAGCGCAGCGCCGCAGAGAAACAGCGCGGCGCCGGGGACAAACAGCGCAGCGCCGGGGACAAACAGCUCUACGUCGGGCACAAACAGCUCUACGCCGCAGAGAGACAGCGCAGUGCCGGGGACAAACAGCGCGGCGCCGGGGACAAACAGCAGUUGGCCGGGGAGCAGGUGCGCUCCGGCCGGGCACAGCCGGCCCAGAAGGUGUCGGCGCCGUGCGAGGGUGCCGGGGAGCGCGCCCGGGCCGUGCCGCCGCUGCGCCUCUCACUGCCAGGGGUGUGCCGCGGCUACAGCUCCCGGGAGGGCUGCGAGGAGGCCGACUGCCGCGGACUGCACGUCUGCCGGCAGUUCCUGGCCGACAUCUGCAACUACGGCGCCGACUGUCGCUACAGCCACUCCCUGACGACCGUGCACAACCAGGACAUCUGCCGCCUGUUCAGCAUGGACACCAUGCAGGAGAACGUGCUGCUCCUGCAGAUACGACGUGCCUUCAGUGAAAGCGACCAACUGACUGAGGCGUUCUUCGUCCAAAACCUGACCAGGUGUUUCAGAUUCCGAACGAAAACACCCUGCAAAUUGCACGAAUGCAACAGACUGCACCUCUGCAGACAGUUUGUGCUGGACGGGUGUCGGCGCGCCGACUGCCGAAUGGGCCACGACCUGCGCACGGCGCACAAUAGGGACGUGCUGCGCCGACACCGGCUGGGCGACGCCAGCGAGGGCCACGUGCUGGCCAUCCUGCGGCAGAAGGAAGCCGACCUCCGAGCCAGCCAGCUGAAAAGAAAAGCCGCAAAAGGCGACGGUGAUGUCAAGAAGGAAUGUCCCCACAAGCCAGGGGUGUCCGGGGCUGAGCGGGCCGGCGCCGGACCAGCCCGAGCGGGACCGCCCUCCUCCGGCGGCGGCCGUCUGUCGGAGGAGCUGCGCUGCCCCGUCUGUCUGGAGCUGUUCCGCAGGGCCACCACCCUCGGCUGUGGCCACACCUUCUGCGCCGGCUGCCUGGCCAAGACCCGGGACCGGGGCGCCGACCGGUGCCCGCUCUGCGCCGCCCCCAUCUGCUCCACCAUCCGCUCCGUGGCCCUGGACGGCGUCGUCAGGAGCGUGGCGGCGCAGAAGUGAGCUGAGCGUGGCGGCGCAGCAGUGAGCUGAGCGUGGCGGCGCAGAAGUAAGCUGAGCGUGGCGGCGCAGCAGUGAGCUGAGCGUGGCGGCGCAGCAGUGAGCUGAGCGUGGCGGCGCAGAAGUAAGCUGAGCGUGGCGGCGCAGAAGUGAGAUGAGCGUGGCGGCGCAGCAGUGAGCUGAGCGCCGGCCGGGGGCGCGCCGCCCCCCCCCCCCCCCCCGGCGGAAUGGGCCGCAGGUGCUCGGCACUCGCUUAACUUUAAUCAUAUUCAAGCAAGGGUCAGGGUACAGCGUUUGCUUGCGAAACUAUAAGCUACAUAUUCGUAGAAGGCCCUUGAAAAGGUUUGUGUGUCAUGUGUGUGUUUUUAGGCACGCCUUGACGCAUGUGAGUGCUUACGAAGCCCUUCUCAUAAUCAAGGAGUGAUAAGGUUUUUUGUGCUACAUAGUCUUAAAUGACAUUUAGCAAUUAACAUCCAUCACAGGCGCCAAUUCAGUAUCACUGAGAGGUCGGAGCACGGAGGCUUGAAACAAUAUCUUAGUAUUUUAGGCAUAUUAUAUUGAUUACUGAGCAUCGCAUCUAAUUGUGGAUUGUUUGCCAGAGAAAGCGAUUUGACGUAAGCAUGAACAGUUUAUUUGCAUAUGUUUAUAACUAGAGCACUUCGUUUUGGCCGGCUAUUUUCAACAUUAUACGCUAAAUAUUUGUUCCAAUGUACCUACUUUCAUUUCAGUUCGUGAUGGAUCUGUUGCUUCUCUAUCCGUGCAGGAUAGACAGGAGUUGUAAACAACACCUUUGCUUCGCUAUGCGCUGUGUAUUCACUUAUUCAGCAUUGCUGCGCCAUGACUGUUAAUCCCAUGAUUAUUGCACUGAUUGGAUGUACGGGCUUGUCAUCCAAGAGCCACCUUAUUACAUGCUUGCUGCUAUUCUGAUAAAUACACAUUGCUUAAAGGGACAUGUUCAUGUCUAACAUGGGGAAUAGAGUUGAGAUAGCAGUUUUGCUCGUUAUAUGCUAAAACCACAUAAUCCGGAGCCAUUCGUCUCGAAAAUAUAAAUUGACAGCGCUAGAGAGAAAUUUCGGUGGUCUUCACCAGAUCGCCAAGGUCUUUAACAGAUAUGACCAGAGGUAUAUGACGUCAGCAAGAAAAAGCCUAGAUUUCAAGCUGACGGGAACGGAUUCGCCUAACAGAUUGGUCUUUUUAAAAAUUGUGUUCAAGAUUGUCCGCAAGCAGCAUGUUGAGACGACACGGGCAGAUGGAGCGCGAAUCGUCGUAAAGCUCUUCAGAAUGUUUGUUUCUGAUUGGGUAAUAUUCUUAGACGUUUCAAGCUGGAGAACUCAAUAAGGCUUUCCUCAUAAUUUUGCGCGUUUUUGUUUGCUGGUUGUCAAGGCAAACAAACAA